GAAAACGGGGAUGGCAGCAAUCAGCCUUCACCCAAGCACAAUAGGUGGCGGUAAUGCACCAAUAACGUAGGAUGCCUACCGAGGUUAAACCCUGCUGAAGAGGAUGGAAUACUCUUGCUAUUUUUUUCGUUAGCCAUCUGAUGUAUCUAGAUCCAGAUAAAGCAGUCCAGAAAUUGUAAAUACAGACACAGCUCUUAAAUAGAUAAACAUCUGCAACUCCCUUUGCCUUAUGGAUCCAGAAGACCCCAAGCUUACGAACGCGUUUGUGAAGUUGCACAUCAUAUUGAAGGAUUCAAAGGCCAUGGGGAUCCGAGAGAAGCUCAACCCCAAGAAAUUAUCUUCUGAUGAGGACCUGGUACCUACACCCAGCUUUAAACAAAAUUACCAAGCCAAAAGAAAGAUACAACCUGAUCGUCUAUCGAGAUAUGAACUGGAACGGUUGGAUAACAUCAGACAAAACCAAGAGUUUCUGUCCUCCAUAAAACUGCUUGAGGAUUCAGUUGAGAAGGAAGACGAAGACAAAGAAUAUGAUGAAGAUGUGGAGGAGAUGGUUCUGAGCGAAUACCGUAGUAAUCUGAAGGACAUGGAGCUGAGUGAGUUUGGAGGAGCAGCUAAGGUGAUGAAUGACAGUAUCUUCUCAGCAGCCUUCCACCCCUGUACCAGUCGUCUGCUCAUGGCAGCUGGGGACAACAGCGGUGAAGUUGGGCUGUGGAUACCUGACUCUGAUAUGGGUGAUAACGAUGUGUUGCUGUUUGAGCCACACACUAAGCCAGUGGUCUGCAUGGCGUUUUCUAGGUCACAUCCUACAGAUCUGCUGACCCUCAGCUGUGAUGGGACGCUACGGAGCACAAAUGUGAAGAAGGCCGUUUUUGAUGAGUUUGUUUCGGCAACUAGAAUCAAUGUCGGAUUUUUCUCUAGUGUAGUUAGCAUUUACGAUGUUCGGUGUAUGAAGGAGUCGUCCAACAAGCCAGUCUCCCAGCUUCUUGGUCACUCAGAUAGCAUCUCUGGUGCUUAUUUCUCCCCUGGUACUGGCAACAGAGUACUGACCUCCUGCCUAGACGACAGCAUUAGGAUUUAUGACACCUCUGAAAUAACCCACAAAGCUCCACUACUGACUCGCAUCAAACAUGGCAUGGAAACUCAACCCUGGAUGUCUGAUCUGGCAGCGGUGUGGGACCCCAAGAAGGAAGACUGCUUUGUGGUGGGCAGCAUACAGCAGCCUCGCAGAAUGCAGGUGUUCCAUGAGGGUGGGCAGCUCCAGCACUCUUUCCAGCACCCAAAAAUGACCAAGGUACUCUCUGUCACAUUAUUCCAUCCUCACAGGAAUGCUUUGCUCGGGUGUAACGCACGCGGAAAAAUGUACGUCUUCACCGACUGAGAGGAGUGAUCCGGGAUGUGUUUACAAAACAAUAAUGCUGACCUAGAAUCAGAAACCCUGACGAUUAUUUAUUUUGAUUCAGAACGCUAAACUGAUUGUAGAACAGCAUUCCUACUCUUACUUCAUAAAUAUGGACCAAGAGCUUGAUUUUAGGAAAUGUUGUGUUUUACAGUUUUUCUCAAUCGCUUUGGCCCAGUUCUCAAAUGAGAAUUAUAUUUUUUCAAAACGAUAAGUUCAUAUCUCUGAACUGUUAGUUUCUUGCUCACACCAGAUUAGAAUUUCGUAAGAAAAUUGCAUGUGUUGUGGCUCAUUUUCAAGAAUUUAUUAAUUGUUUUGGGUUUGUUACUUCAUUUUGCAGACAUGCCAUAGAGUUGUGAUAUACCAUGAAACAGUUGUGACAAUUGCACUUUGAGGUUAGAAAAUGUUAAGACUGUUUAAAUUUUUUUUGCAAAAGCAAUUGGAAAUAACUGUAAAAAAAUAUAUAUAUAUUUGUUUAUGCGCAAGCAGCCUUUUUUUAUUGUUACGUCUAUGUUUGUCUUUUGUGGGGGGAUAUUUUGUCUGAUGAAAGAACUUUUUUUCUGUAUGGGUUGGGCUGGCAAAUUUAGUUUUUAAUGGUUUUGGUAGCCAGAAAACCUCCUAGUGAAGCUGUUGUGCCUUUGUAUCACCUCUAGAUGGAAGGGAUGUAACACAUAUUAGGCAAGUUUGCCCUUAAACUAUACUUCACACUGUAGCUUCACAGUAGCACCGGUUACAAGGAAACAAAACAGUUUAUAAGAGCCUGGACAAAAAAUAUCUCAAAUGUUAUUAAAACCAAAUUUACAUAGCAAAUUGAUAAACUCAGUUCACCUCUCUUUGUUCCAUAUGCAUUAGAAAGUGUGGGAUUUGCAUGUAUUUCAUUCUGAUUGAUCAAUAAAUGAUUCCAUAAUGUUAAAGUGAAAAUGUUUUUUGUUCACAAAAAUCUAACAAAACAUUCAAGUCCAUAAUGAAAAUAAUCUGCCAACCCUAACUAAUACCGUACCUUAACUUUUAUCCUAACCUUAAAUGCAGGGGCAGCGAUUGUUUAGCUUGAGGCUGCAU